CCCAACUCACAAAAAUUUUAAUAAAAAAGAACCUCAAAAAACAAAGGAGAAAAGAAAUUCCUUCUGAAAGCAAAAACAUAAAUUUUUAGAUCUAGAAACGAAUUUCUAUCGCCACCAAUUCUUUGUUAGAUAUACAGGAUGAAUGAGCAAGCUACACAAGAUAAUAAUCCCAAUGCUCAAACAAUCCUUCCAGCAAAGCGAAGGCGUGGUCGCCCGCGCAAAGAUGGAGGUGUCGCUAAAAGAGGCAAUUUGCAGUCCCCAAUGAUGACUCCUCCAGCACCCGAAAACAUCAAGAAAGUUCAACAAAAUGCUGUCGAAAUGAACCAAAAAGAUGGAGGCAUUAUUGGUAGCAACAACGUUGUAGGACAGAUGGUUUCCGGUGUCGUUGACGGUUGUUUUGAUGCAGGGUACUUCAUCUCCGUUCGAGUUGGUAAUAGUGGGACCACGCUCCGUGGAUUAGUCUUCCAACCGGGGCGAUUCGCUCCUAUUACACCAGCAAAUGAUGUUGCCCCAUCAGCCAUAAUGUAUCACAGAAAUCAAGUUGCUCAGCCAAAUGUGGCACCAGGACAACAUGCUAUAUCUUCUAAGCCAAUGUCAAGUGGUCCAUUUGUACCUAACAAUAACCAAUUUGCUCCUAUCAUGGCGUCUCAACUUGGCACGAUUCACGAGGCACGAUGCAACUCGGGUUCUUCCUUGGGUGAAAAGUCUGUCUUGCAGCCAAAUCAAGAUCAAAGAGUAGUCCAAAUCCAAUCCCACACGACUAGCCUUCCAGUGGAGAAUCUUAGAAUGGUUGAACAGAAUGAAGUGAUGCAGACAAAUCAAGAUCGACUAGUCCAAAUCCACCAAUCCCACACGACCAUUCCAGUGGAAAAUCUUAGAAUGGUUGAACAGGAUGAAGUGAUGCAGGUAUUUGAAGUCGUGAACCCAUCAGAAGGGACGACCAAAAUGAUUGCAGAAUCCAUAUUGGUGGAAAUGAAAGCUAGUGAAGGAACUACCAGCUAUCAGGGACCUGAUAAGGCUCAAAACCAACUCAUGGGCUCUAUGUAUCAGUCUGACAUUCUUUUUCAAAACAAUCACAACAGCUCAAGUGGCGAAAUCCACCACAAUCCGGCUGCAGACAACCAACCGACUGAACUUGCAUCCAAGAACGAUAAGCAACCAAAUCCUGAGAAGUCAUAUAUGCAGACUUUACUUCAGCCAGGUGAGUUAGUUCAAUGUGAAUCGAAGAAACUUGAGAUUCACCGAGCUCCUAUGAACGCGCAAACUCAACUCCACUCCUCCCAAGGACUUCCUCCAAUGAAUGCAGAGAUUCAGAUGAAAGAAUGGACUCAUAGUGGACAAGAAAACCAACAGAAUCAGUUCAACCAAAGUACUCUUUUUGCUGAACUUGACUCUGUUGGCCAAGAAACGCAGGCUGCUGCAGAAAGUCAAGUAGUUCAGCCAAGCAAUGAGCUAAAAAGCCCAUUUCUUGAACAGAAUUAUGUUCAGAUGACUAAUGAGAACCCGAAUCCCAGGAUCAACCAAGUACUGGUUACUGGUGAAACUCAAGCUGUGACUACAGAAUCAAUUAGGACUACUUCAAUGGACUUCAUGAUGGAAAAUCUGAACUAUCCGAAGAAUGAGGAAUCUCAAAAUACUCAUAUUGGACCUGAAGUUGAGUUAUCAAGAAAUGCUGAAAUGUCGAACGAAACUAAGGAAGCAAGUGAACUUGGUGACAAACUUGUGUUAGGCUCUCAAUUAACACCACAGCAUGAAGAGGCAAAAACUGAAAAUUCUGAUCACUCAGCAAAAGCUGAAACUCAAAAUACAAGUUCUGAUGGUGGCAACAUCAACCUGGAAAUUUUUCACCAAGGCCAACCUUGAAGCUGCUCAAAAAUUUAAGAGCAACAAUGUUAUAGAC